AUGUCAAGCUUUCAAUUUAAUGAUCAAUCAAGCAUUCGGUCCACAUCAAGGGGUAUCAAUCAGCCUACACUACUCCCCAGGUCUACAUCGACUAGUGAUUUAUUUGCUUUCCCAUCGUAUUCGCAUUCCCAAAAGCGUUUGUUUCAAAAUAGCGAAAAUGGUGUAGAAUUGUCCAAAUCGGUGUCCAUACCCAACCUGGCUUUAAUCCCAGAGCAUAAAGCACAUCACAGGUUGACUCCUUACCAGAUACAGAGAAGCCAUAUGAAACAAUCGUUUCAGUUUCCUAAUGGAGAAAGUUUUACCCCAAGAAGACAAUUACCAAAGAGUGCAAGCUCUGUUUCUUUACACAGACAAAGAUCUGCUAACAGUCACCCAAAAAUUACCGCUAUGCAUAGAUCUUCGAGUAUGGUGACUGUAUCGUUACCGCAGUACGAAGAUAUGUCGAAAAAGCCAUCCCAGUUACAGAAUCCGCAUUCGCGGGUCAAUCAUCUCCCAACAAUUUCUAAUGAGUUGCUGCCUUCUAAUACUAGUCGAUUUGGUUCUUUAACCACUACCCCAAGGUCAAACACCAGAGCACCUUCUUUAUGCAACACAAAAGCUCCCAACAAAUCAGUAUUAACAGCAUCAUCUUUGCAUUUUAAUCGGUUACAAUCGCACCAGUCACAGGUGAGUAUCUCUUCGUUCUCCAAUAAGCAAACAGCGUCCAGUAAUGAUUCACAAAGCACUGAAACUUCCAUAAAAGAGAUCUGUGAUCCAGGGAGUGCAACCAGUACAGAUCUCAGCGAUGAGGAACUAACAAAGAAAAUUUUGUCAUCAUCCGUUAGAACCCAAAAAAUAGUAGCAGAGAGCACUGCAAAGGCCAGCAAUGAUCUAUUGCAGGUUCCUUCGACAAUAAUUUCUUUCCCACAAAAAUGUAGCUCACAUCAUGAUAAUACUCACAUAGACACUGCUACAAGUGGGUUAACGGGUCCUACUCCUAAUGUAUCUAUCAAAAAGGAGUUAGUUGUCUCAAAAAUACCUAUAUCAGGAAACUCGAAUGAGAAGAAAGAGGAGAAAGCUAAAAAGUCAGUGGAAUCCUCUCCGGUUAAGAGAUCGAGCUCCAGAUUGAGUUCCUUCUUUAGAAAACUGUUUCCCUUAAAGAAAAAAGCCAGGAAGGAAGACAUUCAAGAAAAGGUAUCUGCUAAAACUCAAUGGCAGAAAGCGGUUACAUCAAAACCGACUACAUCAAAGCAUAUUAUUUUACCAUCUGAAUCAGCAGAACCUCCUUCACUUCUUGAUCUAGAAACAGAAGACGAUAUAGAAGAUGAUGGUUUUAAAGAUCUCAUGGACAUCGAUUUAGUGUUUGAUUCUUUAUUGUUGAAGUCUGAACAACACCAACAAAAUUCCGAUAUUGCGUUAAUUAACCAAUUUAAUGAAAGCACAAGAAUUAGUCCACCAACCGUUGAACCACCUUUGCGCUCUUCGAAGAGACCUUUACUGGUAAAGGAUUAUCAAGGAAGACUCAUACAUCACCAUAAUAACGGGCAAACCACACAUAGCGAUCGCAUCAUAGAACAUUUGCAUCAAAAUUGGAAAGCUGUACACUUCAAUGCAGUAGUUCCUUCAGUAGUACGUUCCAAUGAUUCAUCUUCACCUGUAUCUGCUAAAAAAUGCAGAUUUAAUGAAGAAAUAUACGUUAAUGACACUUUCUCACCAACGGAGUAUUUAAGGUCUGAUAAGGCUUUCCCUGAAAGUCGGAAGCAAUUGUCAAAAAGCAGAUACAUCGACGGAAUCAAAAUGGAACUGAAUGAAUUCAAGAAGAGAGAAAUGCUAGUUCAUCCUAACAGCUCUCAGUACACUCAUUUCUUUCUAUGA